AGAGAAAGGGGAAAAGCUAUUUCCGGGAGGCAUAUUUCACAAGUGCACAUCUGCGUAGCCACCGGAGGCGUGGCUUCUAGGAUGGACCAAUGGUCUUCUAGCAAUACUUCUCUCAUGUCACAUGACCUUUCGCGCGCUUUAAGCAAGAUGGUUGAAAAUAUUUUGCCGCGCAAUUUCCAGUAUAAAAUAAUUAAAUCACAAUCGAUUUCUACUGAAACUUUUUACUGCGAAGUCAGAUCAAAUAUAAACAGCUGUGAAGAUUUCACUACCUGGUUGAGAGAAUUUGAAAGAAAUACUAACACAUGUUGGAUACUUCGAAAAAGUUCAAUUGAUCAAUCUCGAUUUCUGUUUUCAAGGAACUAUAUUUGUCAGCAUUCUUCAUAUCGUAAAGUAAAGACUGAAGGUAAAGAUAAGAAAUGCACUGCUUCUUUAAACAUUCGAAUAAAACGAAACAGCAAAUACACUCGUUACAGAGAUCCUUUGAUCAGUGAAGGUUACUGUGCUGUUAUUCAUAUAAAUAAUAAUCACAGUCACAGAACUGGAGUUGCAGAAGCAUGGAACUGGCUUCGCAGAUCUGAAGAAACACAAGAUAUUUUUAUAAAUUUAUUUAAUAAUGGUAUGACGCCAGCAGCUGCAAAAAAUUUCCACGAAUCGUCAUUAAUGAUCGAAUCUCCCAGAACAACUGGCCAACAGCAGAAUUAA